CUGUACUACAAUGUACAUACGGUAUAAUUAUAUACCAGGCACGUAACCUGUGGUUACCCCCUUCCUUGCAUCAUCUCCCUUCUCUAUUUGACAAAAACCUUUCAGUUUGCACUUCCCCGUACGGAUCGUGGUUCACGCUCCCUACACUACUAGCAUCUCGCGGACCGUUUCUUUGACGUCACAAUGGCCCCAGUUCCCAAGACCAUGUCCGGUAUCCUCAUCGAGGAAACCGGCGGCGUUGAGGUCCUCAAGUGGAAGACCGACUUACCCGUACCGGAGCUCAAGGAAGGCGAGGUUCUCGUGCGCAACGAGUUCAUCGGCGUCAACUAUAUCGACACCUACUUCCGCACCGGUCUCUACAAGACCCCGCUCCCGCUCGUCACCGGCAAGGAGGCCGCCGGCGUGGUCGUCGCCUCCGCGGCCCCCGGCCUCAAGGAGGGCACCCGCGUCGCCUACGUGGCAGACCACGCCUACGCCGAGCUCACCGCCGUACCCGCGGACCGCGUGGCGUCCAUCCCGGACGGCCUCGCCGUCGAGACGGCCGCCGCCUCGCUGCUGCAGGGCCUGACGGCGCUGACCUUUGUGCGCGAGGUCGCCGGGCUGGCGCCCCCGCAUGCGCCGACGAACCAGCUUGGCGUGAGCGAGGGUCCUUGGGUGCUGGUGCAUGCCGCCGCAGGCGGGACUGGGUCCCUGCUGGUGCAGAUGCUGGCGGUGCACGGGGCGAAGGUCAUUGGCACCGCGGGCGGCAAGGCGAAAUGCGAGAUUGCGCGGCGAAACGGGGCACAGUGGGUUGUGGAUUCCAAGAGCGAGGAUCUGGUUGCUAGGGUGAAGGAGAUUACGGGUGGGAAGGGGGUGGAUGUAGUCUUCGACGGUGUGGGCAAGGCCACGUUUGAAGCGGAUUUGGAGAUCGUCGCGAGGAAGGGGACGGUGGCAGUCUUCGGGAACGCGUCCGGUCCGGUUCCGCCUGUCGAUAUCUUGAGACUGGGCGCGAAGAACGUCAAGCUGAUGAGGCCGGUGUUGUUCGCUUACAUCGCCACCGCGGAAGAGAGAGCUGCAUACACCAAGGAGCUAUUCGAUCUGCUGCUGACAGGCAAGGUCAACAUCCAUAUUCACGACAUCUAUCCGCUCCAAGAGGUUGGCCGAGCACACGCCGACCUGGAGGGUAGGAAGACGACCGGCAAGUUGCUACUCAAGGUUUAACUAGGUCGAAUAUUUGUUUGCCGUUCAUCUAUUCAUAAAUUAAUUUGAACUCUAUCAAAAGUAGCCUGAACCCAGUCAGGGCAAUCCGAUUCCCCUUUCGAGAAAACGGGACCGGCACACUGGCUCU